UUAACUUGGGACAGAGCAGUCACUCGGCAGACACGCUCAGUCAUGCACACACACACACACGAGCACACAGCAGUGUGUACAGAAGCGAACACGGGAUUCCACAGCAGAGCGAGCUCCCACUCCAAACUCGGACGCUACGUUUGUUUUGCAUUUUGUCAGCGCAAGAACUGACCACGGAACGAACAUUUGAAGAAGAAGAAAAGAAAAAGAAAAAAAAAGAAUAGUCUGCAGUGAGGGGCCUCUGGUGAUGCCCCCCGUGACAGUCUGAGCUGCUCUGUUUGCUUCGUGCCUUGUUGGUAGAUGCGCAGGGCAGAGUGUGGUGGGAGUAUCGCGGCUACGUGUGAUGACACCGCAUCGCUGAUUUUGGAACACCGUCUGGAAUAACAGAUCGGCGCUGGGAUUGUUCGUAAUCUGUGUUGGAGUACAUACCUCCACGAUCUGCGGAGUUUUUGAAUCCUCUCCACGGCUGGAACGCACCGCAGAGAGCGAGAGUGGGAGAGAGAGAGAGGGAGAGAGGGAGAGGGAGAGAGGGAGAGAGAGAGAGGAGCUGGCUGGUAUUUCCCCCACAGUGCGCACAUUUUGUGAGACUUUUAACGAAGUUGUGAGCGCCAGGCGCCGUUCAGAGGAGAACCCGAGUUUAGAAAAGCCGUGCGUAAAAAUAACAUUGGCCGCAGCGGCUUUCUGUGCAGGGCUCAUGACAUUUAAAACGUGGUGAGAUCCUUUCUUUUUUUUUUCUUUUCUUUUCUUUUCUUUUUUUUUUCUGGAGUGCACUUUCUGUUCUCCCUAGGAAUCGCUGUCUUGCGCGCUGUCAUAUAACCUAAACGCUUGGUAUCUCAGGGUAACCAUGACAACCAAAGAAAACUGGCAAUGCAGGCAAGGGUGCGAAGUGAGGCUGAAGAAUGCGUGACCAGAGUUUUACUCCUUUUGAGGUUUUCAGAGUCUGCGCAGCUCGCGGAGAAGCAACGCUGAAAGGGGCUGCGGGAGCAGAGCGCAGCAGCGCCAUGUCAUUCAAACCCGAGGCGGUGGUCUAUUAAAAGUAUCGCCGCGCGUAUGUGACUGAACUUUCACUAUUUAUGAAGUCUCGGACUCGUCGUUACAGCGACCACAGUGACCCGGAAAAGAACAGCAACGGGUUUUUUACGCGUGCGUAAAAGCAACAGGCAAAAAAAAAAUGGGCCUGUCACAAAAGCUCCUCUUUUACGCGCUGUUCUGCGUCCACCUCGGAAUCUGCCAGCAUUUCGUCCUCCUCCGUCCAUCUCCCAGUGACCACCUCCCCGUCCCCGGCCUGAAGGAAGACCCAGACCCGGAGUACGACCCGCGGGAGCAAGACUUGACCGAGAGGACUUUGAGGAAAAAACUCGGCAGCAACUUUGACCCCAACUUCAUGUCCAUAAGCUCGCCCACGCCGGCGAACGUCUCGGACGGCGUCGUGAAGGUGCCAGGGCUGAUGCCCAAUGACAUUAAAAAGCUGGACCUCACAGAGACCCCGUAUGGGAAGAGGGUCAAAAUUGGCAAGAAAGCCCGCAGGAAAUUCCUGCAGUGGCUGUGGACGUACACGCACUGCCCGGUGGUGUUCACCUGGAAGGAUCUGGGCGUCAGGUUCUGGCCACGUUACAUCAAGGAGGGGAACUGUUUCGCCGAGCGCUCGUGCUCCUUCCCCGAAGGCAUGUCGUGCAAGCCCAUCAAGUCCAUCAACAAGAUCUUCCUGCGCUGGUACUGCCAGGGCUUCCUAAAACAGAAGUACUGUACGUGGAUACAGGUGCAAUACCCGAUAAUCUCAGAGUGCAAGUGUUCGUGCUGAGUCUCUUAAUAAGGAGGCAUCAGCCGGAGGGAGCGGACUGGAAACUGUUUUCUAUUGCACUGUUUAACUCUCUACAGAGAUGGGCACCAUAGCAAAUCUAUUUUUAUAUGUGUCGUGUAAGUGAAAUCCAUACAUUGUAUAUAUUUAAGACAAAUGCAGCUAUUUUUUCUAAUUAAAUCAGGACCAUGUUUUAUUCUCAGCCCUGAAAAGCUUUUUUUGAUAUUUUUAUGAGACUUUUUUUUUUUUUUUUUUUUUUUUUGAAGAUGGAAUGCAUAUGCUACACUUCCACGAUGGGUGAACUUUUCUCUGUCAAGUGAACAUUGAUGCUGACUGUUACUGCAAUGCUGCUUGGAUUUUUUUUUGUAUUAUAUUGAUAUGAAUAAUAAUAAAUUAUCAAUAAUAAAUUGUAAACACGUGAGGUUAAACUAUAUCAAGGCAUGAAGGAUAAAGACAUAUGAAGGCAUGAACUCAGCAUUUUUUUUUUCAGAAUACAUAGUAUUGUAGAAAUUUUUUUUUUUUAAUGUAUGUUUUAUUUAUGAUUUUAACGGUUGUAUAGAGUAUAGAGUAUACAGAAAGAUGAUAGAUUAUACAAAAAAAAAAUUAUGGGAGAUAUAUGUAUACUUGAAUAUUUCUUAAAAUCUAAGUAAAAUAUAUAAGUGUUCAUGUUAUGGAUACACAUUUUAGCAAUAAAGUCUAUCUUUCUAGCA